GACAGCGAGGGGGCGUUCUCAUUUCGCCCUACGACAAGAGAGAGCAAACAGCCUCCACUUAUUUGCAGUAUUCAACUUUGAUUGAAAAGUUAUAUAGCAGGUUCCUAUCCAUACCAAAAUGGCUCAGCAUCCACUUCUGUCGUUGCCCGAGUUUAAGAACGUCUCAACUGGAUCGUUUGUGGUGAAGGAGCCACUGAAUUUUUGGGGAGGAGCGAGAGUGAAGCCGAAAGAUACGAAGAACUCCGAGAAAGUAUAUGAACCUGCAACGGGUCGAGUGUUGUGUGAUCUGAUUCCCUGUGGAGAGGAGGAGGUAGACCAGGCCAUUAAAAAUGCUCAUUCUGCAUACCUAAAGUGGCGUAAACUAUCUGGCAUGGAGCGGGCCAGGAUAAUGCUUGAGGCUGCCAGAAUUAUUAGGGAGCGCAAAGAGGAAAUUGCUAGAGUGGAAGUGAUCAACAAUGGCAAAUCCAUCUCUGAGGCUGUGGUGGAUAUGGAUAUUGCUUGGCAGUGUAUUGAGUACUAUGCUGGCAUUGCCCCCACACUGACAGGCCAGCAUAUUCAGCUUCCAGGAGGCUCUUUUGCCUACACCCGAAGAGAGCCACUGGGUGUGUGUGUUGGCAUAGGAGCCUGGAACUACCCCUUCCAGAUAGCUGCCUGGAAGUCAGCCCCAGCGAUUGCCUGUGGCAAUGCCAUGGUGUUUAAACCAUCUCCCAUGACCCCAGUGACAGCAGUCAUUCUGGCAGAGAUCUAUAAAGAAGCAGGUGUUCCAGAUGGACUCUUUAAUGUGGUACAAGGAGGAGCUGAGACUGGAGGACUGCUGUGCCACCAUCCCAUGGUGGCUAAAGUGUCCUUCACUGGCAGUGUUCCCACUGGAAAAAAGGUUAUGGAGAUGGCAGCAAAGGGUGUGAAGCAGGUCACUCUAGAACUUGGAGGGAAGUCACCAUUGAUCAUCUUUAAGGACUGUGACCUAGAAAAUGCAAUCAAAGGAGCCUUAAUGGCCAACUUCCUUACCCAAGGACAGGUGUGCUGCAAUGGAACACGGGUGUUUGUGCAGAGUGAGAUCAUGCCACAGUUCCUGGAAGAAGUGGUGAAAAGGACGAAAGCCAUCCCUGUGGGGGAUCCAAUGCUGGACGGAACACGCAUGGGUGCUCUUAUUAGCAAACCGCAAAUGGAAAAAGUGCUGGGCUUUGUCAAACAAGCUAAAGAACAGGGUGCAAAAGUGUUGUGUGGAGGAGAACGAUUUGUUCCCAGUGAUCCCAAAUUAAAAGAAGGGUAUUAUAUGUCCCCAUGUGUGCUAGAUAACUGCAGGGAUGACAUGACCUGUGUGAAGGAGGAGAUCUUUGGCCCUGUGAUGUCUGUUUUGCCUUUUGACACCGAGGAAGAGGUUCUUCAAAGGGCUAACAACACUACCUUUGGUUUGGCAUCUGGAGUCUUCACCAGGGAUAUAGCUCGUGCCCACAGAGUGGCUGAAAAUCUUCAGGCCGGAACAUGCUACAUCAACAACUACAAUAUCAGCCCGGUGGAGGUUCCUUUUGGAGGCUACAAAAUGUCAGGCUUUGGACGAGAGAAUGGCCAAGUGACCAUUGAGUACUACUCUCAGCUCAAGACUGUAGUGGUGGAAAUGGGAGACGUGAAAAGCAUCUUUUAGGCUAUUGUGGGGCUGCCCCUCAGCAUUCCUUACAGCAGUGUGAUUUUUUACAAGUAUUCAAAUCUAUAGCUCCUUGUCUGAAGUUUGGGACCUAACAUCUUUAAACUACAUUUUGAAUUGAUAAAACUAAUGGGCCUUUAGUAGUGUAGCCAUUUUAAUAUGGCAAACAAGGAUAAAGCUACAGUAUAUGCUUGUGUUUGAACUACUAAGUUUAAGAACUAACUUAAUUCAGCAAGAACUGGACUAUGUGUAGCAACUGUACAAUUAUUUUAAACACUAGCAGUCCCUGUGACAAUCCAUAUUUCUGUAUCUUUCUAGUUCCAGAAUGCCUUAAAUCAAGUUGAUAUAUUUCCAACAUGUAAGAGCACUAGAAUAGGCUUAACUUUUAACUAUGUAUGCAUUUCAGUGUUGUGAAUGGGCAUCUCACGAUUAUUAAAAAGUCGUCUGAUCACUGUGAUUAACUGCAGUUAUUUGAGAUAACUGCGAUUUAUUGUGCACCUCAAAUUCCAGUCACAUUUUAAUGCCCAAAUAAGGGAAUUUUAAGAGAAUAUAUACAGUAAAUGCCAUGAAUGUUGUGUUUGUGUGUCAUUCAGCUGAACUUCGAUCGUCACUGAGCUGCACCGCGGUUGCAUUUGAAGUUAUAUUUGAAGUUAUGUAAAAAUUACUUCUUAAGGUGUAUAAGUGUUUUAUGAAAUUGCACCUUAAGAAAUUACAAUUAAUCGUGAAAGCCCUAAAACAGAAAAUUAAUCGUAAUCGCAAUUAUUUGUUUGACAAUUAAUCAUCAGCCAAAUUUCAUAAUCGUGACAGCCCUAGUUGUGAAAUAUUAUUGUUUGCAAAUAGCGUCACAUAUUUUUCAAAACUACCAGCUAAAAUCUCUCUACCCCUAUCACUCAACAUCUUUUUAUGAUAGAAUACUUUGUAGAUCAGUGGUUUACUAUUUUACAGCAUUUCAAAUAAAAGUUCCUUGGUCUAAGUGGAAAA